AUGGUCAUUUUCAUUUCAACGUUCCCUAACGCAAGUUAUCAAGUGCAUAUCCUUAAGGGAACAACUCGCUUCGUUUCAGGAUUGCUUUACAAAUCUGCCUAUGGUGAUUUCGACGUAGUCAUUCACCCGAAACGGAAGCCUAAUAAGUGGACUGCAAAUAUCGAACAUGCGACUCCCGCUCAAAGAUUAUUACUAACGAUCAAGACUUUCGUGAAAUCCUCCGCAUAUUCGUGUCAAAUAAAUAUCUCAAGUUUACUGUAUUCAUCGAGACGCCAUCAAAAUCUUUCUCAGAUUGGUCGUUUCCAAAUGUGUGCCAGCUUUAUGUUAUUAGCAAUGACUCGAAGUGUUCCCUCCUUUUCAUGUGGUUCUACAGACUUAGAUAGAGAUGAGUCCAAGGCUGUGAUUAAGCACCUAAUGGCAGAAAUAAACUUCGUCAAGAUGUUACUCCCUCAACAAAGGCAAAAGUGGCAACGAAGACUAUUUAUCCUUACUGUUAUCUGGCUUCUGGGGGUCCUUGGUAUAAUCGAAGUUAAAAAGGAAGAUUUUAUGAAGGGAUUCGCCCAGGUGUCUGUGCAUAUGGAGUCAUCCUUGUCACAUAAACGCAAAGCCGAUGAAAUCGAUAAUGGACAGGAUGUAGAUAGGAUAUUUGGGAUUCUAUCUGAAUUAGUGAUCGUUAUGUAUAAAGAUGAGAAAUUGCAAGCUAAGGUGGAGAAGGCACAAAAGCCGAUGGAAGCUUCUCAAAGUGGAGCAAAAAG